AUGGCCGAAACUCCCUCUUCAGUAGACACUAUCAGCACAUUCUUACCCGACAUUGAGAAAACACCCUCUCUCGUCGACAAUGUCAUCGAUUCUCAGAAAUACCGAAAUGUCCCUCUUCCAGCACCGAGCCAAAUACAAGACAACUUGACGAGUUCAAGGAAAAUUGCUAUCGCAACGUUUCUCAUCCUCUGCAACAGCGUUCUCUUCCUAUCUUUUGGUUCCUGCAUGGGCGGAGGCUUCAGCAUCGGAGCCUCAUUCGGUGUUCACGAUCCUACGACCACUGCAUGGAUCGCAGCAUCCUACCCCUUGACACAAGGUGCAUUCGUCCUCAUCAGCGGUCGCAUUGGAGCUGUUUACGGACACAAGAAUAUCCUCUUCCUCGGCGGAGUAUGGUGGAUUCUCUGGUCGAUGAUCAACGGCUUCUGUACCACAAGCAUCAUUCCGUUCUCUAUUGCCAGAGCGAUGAGUGGAAUUGGUGCUGCCUUCGUGAUGCCGAAUAUUGUUGCUAUCUUAGGCAUUACGUUUCCGCCAGGAAGAGGGCGAAAUCUUGUGCUCGGGUUCUUUGGCUUUGGGGCUCCUGUUGGGGGGACGAUUGGCGUCCUUUUGAUUGCGGUUUUCAUUGAGUGGGUACAGUGGAGGUGGUUUUUCUUUACUAUAGCCAUACUUGGAGGUGUGCUCUUUGGUGCUCUGUGGUUUGUGUUACCACCUGAGAAUGCUGUCGAUAAAGAGGGGAGCGUGGAUUGGUUGGGAGCUUUCAUUGGACUUACAUCCUUGAUUCUCUUUAACUUCGUAUGGAAUCAAGCACCAGCAGUGGGAUGGCACACCUCAUAUGAGAUUGCUCUCCUCCCCGUCUCGAUCAUAGGCUUCAUAUGCUUCGCGAUUUGGGAACACCGUUUCGCCAAAUCUCCCAUCAUGCCUCUCGACAUAUGGACCGCCCCUUCCUUCCUCGCCCUUGUACUCGUGGUCCUCUUCAGCAUCAUGUCCUACGGCAUCGCGCUCUGGUACAUGGUCGCAUGGCAACAACUCGUCCGCCAAUGGUCAGUGUUCCACUUCGCGAUCGGUCUCAUACCCCACGCCAUAUUUGGCGGUCUUGCUGCCCCUUUCGCAGCAUGGCUCAUACCCAGAGUUGCUGCGCAAUGGAUCAUGGCCUUUGGUGCGAGUUUUAUAUUGCUUUCGAGCGUUUUGCUUGUUACGAUGCCUGCUCAGCAAUCGUAUUGGGCUCAGGUGUUUCCGGCAACUAUUCUUAUGGCCUUGUGUCCGGAUUUCAUGUUCACUGCUGCGCAGAUCGUGGCAACCAAUUCAGUGAGGAGACAUGAGCAGGGAAUUGCGGGAUCACUGAUCUCGUUGCUCCAGCUUUAUGGUGCUAGUAUUGGGCUGGGAUUUGCUGGAACGGUGGAAGCCAAUACGAAUAGAGGUGGCAUGGAGACUUUGGUGGGGUAUCGAGGAGCGUUAUAUUUUGCGAUUGGUCUUGCUGUGGCUGCGCUUGUCAUUGAUGUGCUUUUUGUGAGAGUGCCGAAGGAUGAGAGGGAAGGGUGGCAGCAUGAGGAGGACAUGGUAAUGAAGUCUGGAUAG